AUGACGAUCCACGCUCCCUUGGGGGACACUGAGAAAGGUCUCGACCAAAAAUCCUCUCCGGACCCUUCCUUCUCUGUCAAGAAAUAUGACGGUCUCCGCGGCCGCUUCGCCCACACAAUGGACUUUCUCGUCGAACACGGCGUCGAAGAGCGCGGCAUCCAACCGCGACCCGAAGAUGAGCGCGAGCACCUCUCCUGGCGCGCCUACCUCCCCCAACUGGCAUUCUGGGCCGCCAUGAACACCAACAUCCUCACCUUCUCAGAGGGUAUGGUCGGCGUGCUCAGGUUCAACCUCGACUUGAAGAGCGCUGUCAUUGUCAUUGUCGUCUUCACUUUGGUCAUGUGUAUCCCGGCCGCAUGGCUGGCUACGAAUGGACCACGGACAGGGAUGCGACAGAUGGUCCAGGCUAGGUAUGCCAUGGGGUAUAUCCCGACUAUGAUUAUCGGGGGCGCCAACUGUAUCACGUUUAUUGGGUAUUUGUCACUGCAGAGUAUUUUGGGAGGACAGUGUCUCUCGAUUGCUAGUGAGGCGGAUAUGACUUGGACAGUCGGGAUUGUUGUCGUUACCGUUAUUUGCGUCUGUCUCUCGUUCAUCGGCCUCCGCGCCCUCCACAUCCUCUCCCUCACUACCCUUCCCAUCAUUUUCCUCGUCUACCUCGUCCUGGUCGGCGUCAACGGUGACAAGUUGCACUUUGCGCUCAACGAAGCCGCUCAGUCCGCAUCCAAGGUCACGGCAUGGGGUAUCCUCGGCUACGGCGCAACCCAGAUCGGCUUCACCGCCUCGUACGCAGGCAUGGCCAGUGACUUUUCCACCCUCCUUCCCGUUAACACCCCCCGCCUCCCCCUCUUCUGCUGCGUCUACUUUGGCCUCUCGGUCCCCAUCAUCGUCCUCCAGAUCCUUGGUGCCGCUUGUGCUCUUGCGGCCCGCUCCAUUCCGGCCUGGGACACGGCCGCGGCCCUCGGAGCCCCCAACCUCGUCUUCACCAUGGCUGGUGCCGGUGGCGUCGCCAAAUUCGUCAUGGUCCUCUUCUGCUUCAGCGUCACCGCAAACGUCGCCCCGACAAUCUACAGCUGCGGCCUGUCGGGCCAGGUCGUCUUCCCCUUCCUCAUCCGCGUGCCCCGCUAUUUCCUUGCCAUCAUCGUUACGGCCAUCUACCUUCCCAUUGCUAUUGUCGGCAGCACCCACUUCUUCACUAUGAUGCUCAACUUCCUCGGCGUCCUCGGGUACUGGACUUCGCUGUACCUCCCACCUGCGCUUGUCGAGCCCCUCCUCUUCCGCAACCCCGUCAGCACGAUCACCUACCCCGUCGAGAUUUGGAACAAGGCGACCAAGCUUCCCUGGGGCAUUGCGUUUGUCGUCUCGGCUGCAUGUGCGAUCCCCGUUUGCGUGGCUGGUAUGUCGCAGACUUGGUGGACGGGAUGGAUUGCCCGCAAGAUUGAGGGAGGGGGUGACCUCGGUUUCGAGCUGGGCUUUAUUGUGGUUCUCAUUCUCUUCAUCCCGCUGCGGUACCUUGAGCGAAAGUGGACGAGCCGGUAA